AUGGUCAGUAACUUGAUUUCUGCAAGGGAUGAGGAAGAACACCAUCACCUGCAUCAUGAAUUCCCAGUUGACAAGCAUCGCGGCUGCUGGAUCUCCGCGAGUCUUGUCUCAUCAUGGAAUUUUGUGGAGCCUCACCUCGAACUUGUCGACUACGUCUCACAAGCGCUGGAUGGCGAUGGCUUGGGCAUCUCGCCCCCGAGCGCCUCAAUCUUGACGACAGUCCGCUAA